AUGUUUCUUUCACGUGUGUUUUGUGUCCUUGCUGCGUUGGCAUGUGUGUCUGCGGCUAGAGAAACUUGUGUCGUGCCAGCUGGAGGCUCCAACGCCACCGAUGAUGCCCCUGCGAUUGUACAUGCUUUUAAAAAAUGUGGUCGUGGAGGAAAGGUAGUAUUUAAGCCAACGACAUACCAUAUCGGUUCUGUUAUGAACAUUACGUGGCUGGAGGAUGUCGACAUUGACCUUGGAGGAACACUGCUGUGGGGUACGAAUAUUCAAUACUGGUUGAAUCACUCUUUACCAGUCGGGUAUCAGAACCAAUCCACUGCUUUCAUUCUUGGAGGAAAUAAUGUUCGGAUCGAUGGCCAUGGUAUAGGAACGCUGGAUGGCAACGGAGACACCUGGUAUCAAUGGAUAAAAGAACAGCCCAAUACCUCCAACUAUCCCGGUCGACCACACGCUAUCACAUUCAACGGUCUCACAAAUUCAGUGGUUCGGGGUCUCAGGUUCUUACGCAGCCAGAUGUGUCAUCAUGUUGAAUUCGACAGCAUACUCGUGAACAACACUGGAAAUGUUGUCUCGAGCUCAAACACGGAUGGAGCAGAUACCAUACGAUCCUCCCAUAUCACAUUCAACAACUGGACUGUGUACAAUGGCGAUGAUAGUAUCUCACUCAAGGGCAACAGCACGGACAUCACCAUCACAAACUCCAAUCUCUACAAUGGUUUGGGAAUUGCAUUGGGUAGCAUCGGACAGUACAAGGAUCAGUUCGAAACCAUCGAGAGGCUCAAAGUGAGCAAUGUCAACUUUCACAGUACCCUUCAUGCGAUAUAUGUCAAAACAUGGACGGCUGAUCAGAACGGCUAUCCACCUAAUGGUGGCGGAGGUGGCCUCGGAUACAUCUCCGAUGUUACGGCCAAAGACCUUAAAGCUACGUCUCUUCGUGGGGCUGCGUUUGCUAUCUCGCAGUGUACUCGUUUCAGCGGUGCCCCUGGGGAAGGCAAUUGCACAAACUCGGAGUUCCAGGUCCGUGAUAUCUCGGUACUCAACCUGAGCGGUACAACAGAAUCCAAUCGAGUCGCAAAUCUCCAGUGCAGUGCCGUUGCGCCAUGUACUGAUAUUGCGCUCUCUGGUAUCAAUCUGGAACUGAAAAAUGGAACGGCGGCUUCAGAAUAUCUAUGUGGAAAUGUGGAGAAUCAGAAGGGCUUUGAAUGUACAGGCGCGGUCUGUGAAGGAGGAAGUGCAACGGGAGAGUGUUGA